UGUUCUCUUCUGUCCAUGGGUUGACGAUAAGAACAUAAAAAUUCUUUUGUAAAAUGGAAACUAAAGAUGUUAACACAUUUCAUCAGUGUGUUGUAUGUGAUGAGAUUUUUCAACAAUAUGAUGAUUUACAAGUACAUAGUAAAAUACAUGUUAAAGAAGAGAAAACGGAUGAUGUAGAUGAAUAUUGUCAUGGUAAAGAAGAGAAAACUGAUGAUGUAGAUGGAUACUGUCAUGUACAGUUUAAAGAAGAGAAAACUGAAGAUUGUGAAACUGUUUAUCAGUGUAAUUUAUGUGAUGGGGAAUUUAAAUCUGAGUCUGAUUUAGAAAAACACUGUGAAAUACAUGUUAACUUAGAGGAGAUCGUAGAACAUACUAAAGAAAGACUUUAUAAAUGUGAUGUUUGUGGUAAAUCAUUUUGUUUUCUGGGUAGCCUUCGAAGGCACACACGAACUCAUACGGACGAGAAACCAUUUAAAUGUGAUAUUUGUGGUAAAUCAUUUAGUCGGAAAGGACUUAUUAAGAGCCACAAAAGAAUUCAUACAGGUGAAAAGCCUUAUAAGUGUGAUGUUUGUGGUAAAUCAUUAACACAGAGUGGAAGCCUACGGAUACACAUGAGAAUUCAUACUGGUGAAAAACGUUAUAAAUGUGAUGUUUGUAGUAAAUCAUUCACACAGAGUAGUAGUCUACAUUCACACAUGAAAGUUCAUGCAGAAGAAAAGCUUCAAACUUGUGAUGUUUGUGGCAAAUCAUUUAGUGAUCGCGGAACCCUUCACAGACACAUGAGAAUUCAUACCGGAGCGAAACCUUAUAAAUGUGAUGUUUGUAGUAAAUUAUUCCGUUUUCAGGGUAGCCUUCGCAGACACAUAAAAAUUCAUACUGGUGAAAAACCUUAUAACUGUGAUGUUUGUGGUAAAGCUUUUAGCUCUAGUGGUGAUGUACGGAAACACAUGAUAACUCAUUCUAGAGAAAAACGCUAUAAAUGUAAUGUUUGUGGUAAAUCAUUUACACAGAAUAGUAGUCUAAAAUACCACAUGAGAAAUCAUACUGGCGAAUAACCAUAGAAAUGUGAUGUUUGUGGUAAAUCACAUAAUCAGAAACCUAGUUUUGUUCUACACUCGAGACGUUCAAAUUUACCCAAAAUUCACAAAGACACAUCAAAAUUCACUAAAAAAAAACCUGCUCAAUAUUAAAAAUUGAUAAAUUGUGUUUAUGUAUCUUUGACUAGUCUCUGUCUACGGUUGUAUGCCAUCUGACCUGCCAUGUUUUUAUUUUGCAAAAUUCAAAUAUUUUUCAUAUAUACGGUAUUUAUAUCAGUAUAACCAUAAAACUGCACUACUUUGUUUCACGGUUAACGAUGAAAAGAUAAAAGGUAUGCGGGUACAAACUGAUUUCAACACUGGUUUAGUAACAUUUUAAAGAACUUUUUGUCUGUCGUUUGUAUGUCAUUGUAUAAAGAUGGACAGUUUAGUAUAUUUAUACAUAUUUACAUACAUGUAGUAACACUGUGGUUUUAAUUGGCUAUAGUUACCAUUGUCUAUGGUUACAUAGUAUAUCAUUAACUAAUAGAAAACAUGUACACGCAUGUGUUAAUCUGUAGUAUAUGGGUUCAAUUUAGGAUAGAAUUAAGAAAAUUGAUGAAGUUAAUGGCCAAUUGUUACUUAUUGUCUAGAAAGUCGAGGAGCGUAUUUUUUAAUUAGAUGGUUUCCAUUAAUUUUCUUUUUGUGAUGUCAUCGGCUUUCAUUUUAUUAAAAAGGAAAAUUUGAAAUUUUAUUUGUAGGCGUUGUGCACAUCUAAAAAUAUGUCUAUUUACAAAUAAGGGCCCAUUUUCAAUAUUACAAUCCUGUCAUUGGUUGCAUACUCUAUCCUGUAGAUGUUUGUCUGUCACCCCAAUGUAAAAAUUUUGACAACCCUUUCAAGUCAAGACAUAUAUAUGUAUGAGAAUUUUUGUGUCACAAUUGACACUAAGAGUAAAGUUAUGAAAGUUAUAUUUGUUAUUUUGCGGAAGAUGGUCGCAACAUUUAUAUCGAAGAUCCGGGCAAUUACACACACAAAAAAACGAUCCUUGUGAUAGAUGAAUUGAAUUUUGCUUUGGUUAGGAGGCUUACAGAUUAGUUGGCUGUUUUUGUGAUUAAAUAAUUGAACACUAUCAAAUUUCGCUCUGAGAUUGUUGAUUGAUGCUUGGGGGUUUGAUGGCCGAAUGGUUAGCACGUGCAUGCUGUAUCAUAAGGCCUGUCAUUGAGUAAACUGGCGUGGUUUCAAAUCCCUGGUUGUAAGUGACAAGGAGUAGGGUCGCCUGUCCAACCUCGUGGGUUUUCUCCGGGUCCUUCGGUUUCCUGCCACUGCUAAAGACCCCUACGCGCAAGUGAAUUAUUGAAAUAAAUUUGAACCAUGUGUUAGUCCCGAAAUGACCUAGUUUGUGUUGAGUGGCCGUUAAAACCCAUCUCUCUCUCUCUCUCUCUCUCGCUCUGUUGGUUGAUGCCCUGGUCUCGUGCAUUGUUUUAAAGAUGUUGGGGGUUAUGAGUAGCGACAAUAAUGUUAUAUGUCAUUAAAUGUAACAGAAGAAAUUCUACUGUCAUUCUUAAAUUCAUUUUAAUAAAUUAAUAAAACACAU